AUAUUGAUCGUGGUUGAAGCGUUAGCAAUAUCAUGUUAAAUUAAUUAUUACGUAAGCGCUAUGGAUACAAAAUUUGAAACCAUUAUUAAAGAGCGUGAUAAUUUAAAGGAGAUAUUACGAGAUCCAUUAGCAACAUGGUCGUUCGGUGAAACAUCUCUGGGACUAUUUUGUGUCCUGUUUGUAUACCUCGACUUGGUGCUGAAGAUAUUGCCAGCUUAUAUGAAGGACCGGGAGCCGUACAAGCUUAAGAGGUUACUGACUUUAUACAAUGCUUUUCAAGUCGCCUUCUCAGGAUACGUGGUAAUACUGUAUGCGAAAUAUAUUUACCAACAUGGUAUUAUCACAACCAGGUGCCCUAAAGGAGAUGAUCUAAAGGCAGUUAUAUCCGACAUAAAACCAUACUUCAUAGCCAAACACAUAGACCUCCUCGACACGGUAUUCUUCAUCCUCCGCAAGAAGCAGGACCAGGUCUCCUUCCUCCACAUCUAUCACCACAGCGCCAUGGUAGCAUGGACCUGGUACCACUACUUGUACCACCCGUGUGACCAUUUUGUGGUGGUAGGACUCAUCAACAGCUUGGUUCACGUUGCUUUGUACGCGUACUAUGGACUUUCGUCUUUAGGACCUGAAUACUCGAAGUAUACUUGGUGGAAAAAACAUUUAACCAAAGUACAAUUGAUACAAUUCAUGUUGGUGAUAUCAAAUCUCUAUUACCAACAGAAACUGACACCCUGUCCAAUACCAGCAGAAUUCCACUACUUCUGUACCUUCUUGAUCGCUUCCUUCUUCUGCCUCUUUUUAAACUUCUAUUUCAGAAGAUACGGAAACCGGAAAAUCCUGGAAAAAAUAAACCCAGAAAGUAGUUUACAUACAUCUUAAGUUAAUUAAAAUAUGUAAGUCAUUAGAAUUAAAUUUUUGUAGAGAAAAA